UCACACUACAGUGUAACAAUUUGGUAAUUUCCAAAUUUGACACGAUGUUUUUCGUCAAAACGAGAUUUUUAAGACGUUUUGCAUCGACCUUUGUUGUUAAACAACAGCAGGGAGCUGUGUUUUCAAUUCAAAUUAACCGUCCUGAGGUGAGGAACGCGGUAAAUCACGAAACAGCCGAGCAACUCAGACAUGCUUUUAGACAGUUUGAAAAUGAUGAUGGUUGCCGUGUAGCCGUUUUGUCAGGCUGUUUUGACACAUUUUGUGCUGGAUAUGACCUUAAGGAAGUCGCGAAACUUGGCACAAACAAAGAAAAACAAAUAUUUAAGGAAAUUCUUAUGGGUGAACAAGGGCCUAUGGGCCCCACAAGGGAGAAUUUUAGUAAGCCAGUAAUUGCUGCAAUAUCGGGACAUGCUGUUGGUGGUGGUCUUGAACUUGCUUUGUUGUGUGACUUGAGAGUUGUUGAACAUGAUGCAAAGAUGGGCUUUUUAAACAGAAGAUUUGGAGUUCCUCUAAUUGAUGGUGGUACUGUCCGCUUAAGUAAACUGAUUGGUCUUUCUCGUGCAAUGGAUCUCAUUCUCACAGGGAGGACAGUUGAUUCGAAUGAGGCUUUAACUAUUGGUUUAGCCAACCGAGUUGUUUCCAAAGGUACCGCUUAUAGUGAGGCCUUUGAGUUAGGAAAACAGAUUGCUGCUUUUCCGCAAGCAUGUUUAACUGCUGAUCGUCAGUCAGCAUAUUAUGCUAUGUUUAAUGCACCCUCAUUGGACGAUGCUUUGAGAUUUGAGAAAGAAAAUUCCGAGGAUUGUCUUCUGGAAGCAAUAAAUGGUGCGACACGCUUUGUUGCUGGUGCUGGUCGUGGUGGAACAUUUAAUGAUGACCAUUAGAUUUACAGCUAAUUUAUGUGUGUGAAUGUUAUAAUAGGUGGGGCAACUUGUGGAUGUAUUUUAUUAAGUGUAUUUUAUGUUUUUCAUUUAAAAAAGUUAUAAAUGUUAUGACCUCUUGUUCUCUAAUCAGGUGUAAUGGUGGAGGUGA